AUGUCAAACGAUUAUGCACUUUUUAUUAUUAUUAUACCAAAUGACUUUGAUCCAGGAAAUUCUGUUGUUGGAAGUACAGAAGUAGCAAAUAUUGUUAAGCCACAACCACGAAGAGCAUCAUUUGAUACAGUAUCUGCAUUAAUGGCACCGGCUGCAAUUCCUCUUGCUAUAUCACCAUCACUUAGUCCAUUGCUUGAGGUAAAAAGUGAAAAUGAUAUAUUACAGUCAUGCCAACGAUCAUCUCCAAUAUCAAUAUGUGCAUUAUUAAAGACUUAUCUUGCCGAUAGAAAUGAUGUUGAUGCAGUAUGGUUAUUAUCUGAAAAUCGAAAAACAUAUCAAGUUACAUUUUAUGUUGAAUUUGGUUUUGUUAGUGAUGAAAUGUUACAAGAUUUAGCUAGAUUAAGUAUUGGUAAAACAAAUGGUACAAAAAUAUUUGUCUUACCAACAACUGUUAUUGUCAAAGGAUAUAAUGAUCAAAAAAAUCGAUCAUUAUCAUCAUCUUUACAUACACUUGAUGAUUCAAUAAGUACAAUUGAUGAGAAAUCAACAUCAAUAAAAGAAGGACAUCAUUUAAAUCAUGAUCAUACUUUAUCACGUAGAUAUCGUAAACGUUUUAAUGAAUCAGAUUUUAAAAAAAGUGUACGUGCUCGACUUAUGGUUCAUCAAGUUGUUGCUAGUAUUCGAGCAUCAACAGCACUUUCAUUUGAUUUUGUUCUUUUAAUAUGUCUUGCUUCUGUAUUAGCGGCAUUUGGUUUAUUAGAAAAUUCAACUGUUAUUAUUGUUGCAAGUAUGCUUGUUAGUCCAUUGAUGAAUCCAAUCUUAGGUAUUGUAUUUGGUCUAUCAGUACGUGAUCAAUCAUUAUGGCGACAUGGUCUUCGAAAUGAAAUUAUUGGUCUAAUUAUCUGUACGACUUGUGGAUUUAUUAUAGGAUUAUUUACGACAAUUUUCGAAACAAAAUGGGGAAGUUCAACAAGUUUUCCUACAUCCGAGAUGAAAUCACGUGGUGAUGGAAAACGUUUAUGGGUUGGUGUUUUUAUUGCUUUACCUAGUGGUGCUGGUGUAGCACUUUCUGUUCUUGGUGGAAAUACUGGUUCACUUGUUGGUGUUGCUAUUUCAGCUUCACUUCUUCCACCAGCUGUAAAUUGUGGACUUCUUUUUGCUUAUUCAUUACUUGGUACAAUCUUUUCAAGAGUAGUUGCUAUUCAAUCACAUGAAUUUAAUACUACAAAUAAUUAUAAUGAUUCAUCAAUUCAUUGUCCUAAAUAUAUUAAUAAUGAUUAUCAACCACUUUAUACAUGUAAUCUUGUUAGUGAAGCAGCUAUAUUAGGUUGUUGUAGUUUAUUACUUACAAUAGUUAAUAUUAUAUGUAUUAUAAUUAUGGCAUUAAUUAUAUUACGUAUAAAAGAAGUUGUUCCACUACAUCAACCAAAUAAAGAUAUAGCCAAUUUUUUUCAUUAUGAUGUUCGUGUUGCACGUGAUUAUAAUAAAACAAUACAUGAAGGUGAUAUUAAUCUACAAGAUCCAUCAACAUUAACUGUUCAUAAAAAUAAUAUAACACAAACAAUUAUAAAACGAUGGAAAUCUUUUAAAUCUUCACCGUCGUUUUCUUCUACUCAUCAAGAACAACAACAACAACAGCAACAAUCAAAUCGAGCAUCACCAACAUUAUCAGUAUAUGUUGAUUUGGAUAAUCAUAAAAAUAAUCUUAUACCUGAUGAUAUAGAAUCUCAACAAAAAUUCUUUCGUUUACAAACAUUAGCAAAAGAAUAUGGUCUUGAUUUAUUUAAUAAAGAUGAUUAUGAUUUAAUUAAUAGUGAAAGUCGAGAUAAAGUACGUCUUCUUAUUACUGAUCUUAUUGAUAUGUGUCAAACAGUACCAUCCGUAUUUGUUGAUUUAUAUCGUUUACAACCAUCAGGUACACAAUCAUCAAUAACAGAUAAAGAACAUAUGUCAUUUUAUCAAGAAAUUAUUGAAUAUUUACCACCAAAAUGGCAUCAAAUAUUUCUUUAUGAACGACAAAGACGUUUUAUUACAGCAUGGUCAUUACCAUUUGAUCGAUCAUAUUCAAUGCGUUCACGUCCAUUAGCAAAACGUAUACAUUCAAAAUCAAAUCCAUAUGCUCGCAAUCAUCAUGAAUCAUUAAAACAACCGAAUAAAAAAACACGCUUUCGUUUUAAUCGACAAAGUUCAGUACCUGACUCAAAUGUUUCAUCAAAAAAAUCUUCUCAUGAUAUUGAAAAACCUAUUCAAGGUACACGAUUUCGUAUAUCAAUACCUUCUACAACAGCUGAAAUGCAUGGAAAUGAAUCAAAACUUAUUUAA